ACAACGAGUACGUAAACGGGGCGUGCAGGCGUUCCGCGAGAAGAAUCUGUCUCGGUCACUGUUGCAGAAGGAACCAUGAAGGUUGCAGCCGUCUUGACGCAGGUGGCCUUCCUGUUGUGGACCGCUGCAGCGAAAGAGAGCGGGGCACCGGAUGCAGGGUGCGCAUCCAUGAUGCCCAAACACAAAGAUCCAAAGACACAAGCUGAUGCGGUAGAGACAACCAGCAUCAACGCAGACUACGUGGUCUCAGGCGUACACGAUGCCACAACAAUGCAAGUCAAAGUAACGCUGAAAGGAGUGGGUAGUGCCACGUUCCAGGGUUUCCUCAUCCGCGUCAUGGACAAGAACGCCAAAUAUGUCACCGGCAAGUUUAUCGUCGCAGCUCCUACAGGAGGUGCUACGGCCCAAAGCAAGGCGAUGAAGUGCGACAUGGACGACGAUAGUGUAACGCACGUGGAUAUCACAGCGAAGGGCAUGGUCGAGUUCAUGUGGGCCCCACCAACAGCCUCUCCACCGGCAGUGGUCGUCGUCCACGCUACUGUUGUCAAGGAGAAACAAGUAUUCGCACGGAUACUGUCAUCCGAAAUCCAGCUGUCAGCAGCGGGACCUCCGGCACCGGUUCCUCCGGCACCGGUUCCUCCGGCACCGGUUCCCCCGGCACCGGUUCCCCCGGCACCGGUUCCCCCGGCACCGGUUCCCCCUGCACCGGUUCCCCCGGCACCGGGUCCUCCGGCACCGGGUCCUCCGGCACCGGGUCCUCCAGCACCGCCACCAAAGCCACCAAAGCCGCCGCCACCAAAAACUCCACCGACAACUGCAGCGCCCUGUGGUAAAUCGAGAGCUAGAAAAACGGCGGACGCGGCGCACGGGGGUGCAUGGAUUUCAUAUCUCAUCUCUCACGUAUGGCACUUUGUGCUUUAUGUCUGAAACAUUUUUUACAAGGCAAAAUGUCCUAAUAAAUCCGUGUCUCCCGAUUA